CUCCGGGGGGCGGGGGCCGGGGCCCGGGCCGGCUCGCGCGGGGGGUAUGAUGACCCGGCGGCGGGGCCCCGGAUCUCGUCUCCUCCGCCGCCUCCUCACGGCAGCCCCAGCUCGCGGCUGAGAACCAGACACACCGGCGGUAUGGCAUCACAGCUGCAGGUGUUUUCCCCCCCAUCAGUGUCGUCGAGUGCCUUUUGCAGUGCGAAGAAACUGAAAAUAGAGCCCUCUGGCUGGGAUGUUUCUGGACAGAGCAGCAACGACAAAUACUAUACUCACAGCAAAACCCUCCCAGCCACACAAGGGCAAGCCAACUCCUCUCACCAGGUAGCAAAUUUCAACAUCCCUGCUUACGACCAGGGCCUACUCCUCCCAGCUCCUGCAGUGGAGCAUAUUGUUGUAACAGCCGCUGAUAGCUCGGCCAGUGCUGCUACAUCAACCUUCCAAAGCAGCCAGACCCUGACUCACAGAAGCAACGUUUCUUUGCUUGAGCCAUAUCAAAAAUGUGGAUUGAAAAGAAAAAGUGAGGAAGUUGACAGCAACGGUAGCGUGCAAAUCAUAGAAGAACAUCCCCCUCUCAUGCUGCAAAACAGGACUGUGGUGGGUGCUGCUGCCACGACCACCACUGUGACCACGAAGAGUAGCAGUUCCAGUGGAGAAGGGGAUUACCAGCUGGUCCAGCAUGAGAUCCUUUGCUCUAUGACCAACAGCUAUGAAGUCUUGGAGUUCCUAGGCCGGGGAACAUUUGGACAGGUGGCUAAGUGCUGGAAGCGAAGCACCAAGGAAAUUGUGGCUAUUAAAAUCUUGAAGAACCACCCCUCCUAUGCCAGACAAGGACAGAUUGAAGUGAGCAUCCUUUCUCGCCUAAGCAGUGAAAAUGCUGAUGAGUAUAAUUUUGUCCGUUCUUACGAGUGUUUUCAGCAUAAGAAUCAUACCUGCCUUGUGUUCGAGAUGCUGGAGCAGAACUUAUAUGAUUUUCUAAAGCAGAACAAGUUUAGCCCACUGCCACUCAAGUACAUCAGACCAAUCUUGCAGCAGGUGGCCACAGCCCUGAUGAAGCUCAAGAGUCUUGGUCUGAUUCAUGCUGACCUUAAGCCUGAAAACAUAAUGCUGGUUGAUCCAGUACGCCAGCCCUACCGAGUGAAGGUCAUUGACUUUGGUUCUGCUAGUCACGUUUCCAAAGCUGUGUGCUCAACCUACUUACAGUCACGUUACUACAGAGCCCCUGAAAUAAUUCUUGGAUUACCAUUUUGUGAAGCUAUUGAUAUGUGGUCAUUGGGCUGUGUGAUAGCUGAGCUGUUCCUGGGAUGGCCUCUUUAUCCUGGUGCUUCAGAAUAUGAUCAGAUUCGUUACAUUUCACAAACACAAGGCCUGCCAGCUGAAUAUCUUCUCAGUGCCGGAACGAAAACAACCAGGUUUUUCAACAGAGAUCCUAAUUUGGGGUACCCACUGUGGAGGCUUAAGACACCUGAAGAACAUGAAUUGGAGACUGGAAUCAAAUCAAAAGAAGCUCGAAAGUACAUUUUUAAUUGUUUAGAUGACAUGGCUCAGGUGAAUAUGUCCACAGACUUAGAGGGAACAGACAUGUUGGCAGAGAAGGCGGAUCGAAGAGAAUACAUUGAUCUUUUAAAAAAAAUGCUAACAAUUGAUGCAGAUAAGAGAAUUACUCCUCUGAAAACUCUUAACCAUCAGUUUGUAACAAUGACUCACCUUCUGGAUUUUCCACAUAGCAAUCAUGUUAAGUCAUGUUUUCAGAACAUGGAGAUCUGCAAGCGGAGGGUUCACAUGUAUGAUACAGUGAGUCAGAUCAAGAGUCCCUUCACUACACAUGUUGCUCCACAUACAAGCACAAAUCUAACCAUGAGUUUUAGCAACCAACUCAAUACAGUGCACAAUCAGGCCAGUGUUCUAGCAUCCAGUUCUACUGCAGCAGCUGCUACUCUUUCUCUGGCUAAUUCAGAUGUCUCACUGCUAAACUACCAGUCGGCUUUGUACCCAUCAUCUGCAGCACCAGUCCCUGGAGUUGCCCAGCAGGGUGUUUCCUUGCAGCCUGGAACCACCCAGAUUUGCACUCAGACAGAUCCAUUUCAGCAAACGUUUAUAGUGUGUCCACCUGCUUUUCAAACUGGACUACAGGCAACAACAAAGCACUCUGGAUUCCCUGUGAGGAUGGAUAAUGCUGUGCCAAUUGUACCCCAGGCACCAGCUGCUCAGCCACUGCAGAUACAGUCGGGAGUUCUUACACAGGGAAGCUGUACACCACUAAUGGUAGCAACUCUCCACCCUCAAGUAGCCACCAUCACACCGCAGUAUGCGGUGCCCUUUACUCUGAGCUGCGCAGCCGGCCGGCCGGCGCUGGUUGACAGACUGCCGCUGUACUGCAGGGCUUGGCCUGGAGGAACCCAACAAAUUCUCCUGCCUUCAACUUGGCAACAGUUGCCUUGGGUGGCUCUACACAACUCUGUCCAGCCCACAGCAGUGAUUCCAGAGGCCAUGGGCAGUGGCCAGCAGCUCACAGACUGGAGGAAUGCCCACUCUCAUGGCAACCAGUACAGCACUAUUAUGCAGCAGCCGUCCUUGCUAACUAACCAUGUGACGUUGGCCACUGCUCAGCCCCUUAAUGUUGGCGUUGCCCAUGUUGUCAGACAACAACAAUCCAGUUCCCUCCCUUCAAAGAAAAAUAAGCAGUCUGCUCCAGUCUCUUCUAAGUCCUCUCUGGAUGUUCUGCCUUCUCAAGUCUAUUCUCUAGUUGGAAGCAGCCCCCUCCGUACCACAUCUUCCUAUAAUUCCCUAGUCCCUGUACAAGAUCAGCAUCAGCCAAUCAUCAUUCCAGAUACUCCCAGCCCUCCUGUGAGUGUCAUCACUAUCCGCAGUGACACUGAUGAGGAAGAAGACAACAAAUAUAAGCCCAAUAGCUCUGGCCUGAAGGCAAGGUCUAAUGUCAUCAGUUAUGUCACCGUCAAUGAUUCUCCAGACUCUGACUCUUCCUUGAGCAGCCCAUAUUCCACUGAUACCCUCAGUGCUCUCCGGGGCAAUAGUGGACCCCUUCCCGAGGGGCCCGGCAGAGUCGUGGGGGAUGGCACUGGCACCCGCACCAUCAUUGUGCCUCCACUGAAAACUCAGCUUGGUGAUUGCACUGUAGCAACCCAGGCCUCGGGUCUCCUGAGCAGUAAGACCAAGCCAGUGGCUUCAGUGAGUGGGCAGUCAUCUGGAUGUUGUAUCACCCCCACAGGGUAUCGAGCUCAACGCGGGGGGACCAGCGCAGCACAGCCACUCAACCUUAGCCAGAACCAGCAGUCAUCAUCAGCUCCAACCUCGCAGGAGAGAAGCAGCAACCCUGCUCCCCGCAGGCAGCAGGCGUUUGUGGCCCCGCUCUCCCAAGCCCCCUACGCCUUCCAGCAUGGCAGCCCACUACACUCGUCGGGCCACCCACACCUCGCCCCAGCCCCUGCUCACCUGCCAAGCCAGCCUCACCUGUAUACGUAUGCUGCCCCCACCUCUGCUGCUGCAUUGGGCUCCACCAGCUCCAUUGCUCAUCUCUUCUCCCCCCAGGGCUCCUCAAGGCAUGCUGCAGCCUAUACCACCCACCCUAGCACUCUGGUGCACCAGGUCCCUGUCAGUGUUGGGCCCAGUCUCCUCACUUCUGCCAGCGUGGCCCCUGCUCAGUACCAACACCAGUUUGCCACCCAGUCUUAUAUUGGGUCUUCCCGAGGCUCAGCAAUUUACACUGGAUAUCCACUGAGUCCUACCAAGAUCAGCCAGUAUUCGUACUUGUAGUUGGUGAGCAUGAGGGAGGAGGGGUCAGAGUUCGUAAUCAUGGGCUGUGAAGAGCUCCUUCCUCCCUUACCCUCUCCUGAAACUCCGUAGCCAGCAACUUGCUCUGCAGGGGCCCACUGAAGCAGAAGGCUUUUCUCUGGGGAACCUGUCUCAGUGUUGACUGCAUUGUUGUAGUCUCCCAAAGUCUGCCCUAUUUUUUACUUCUUCAUUUUUGUGACAGCAUUUUUGGUAUUUGGAAGAGUUCAGAUGCCCAUCUUCUGCAAUUACCCAGGAAGAGAGAUCAUUCUGAAGUUAGCCUUUGAAAAAUAUUUUCUCUCUCUGACUUGAUUUCUAUAAAUGCUUUUAAAAACAAGUGAAGCCCCUCUUUAUUUAACUUUAUUGUAUUGUAAUUGCUGAUCAGAGGACAAUGCUGAUAGGAAGACUAGAAAUCUGGUAACAAAUAAGAAAAGAAAGAAUCAUUACUUUCUGCUUAUUUAAAAACCAAGACUUAAUCGCUUACUUUAAGAGCAACUUGCACAAGUCUAUAUUUUACUAUCUCGCACUUCUGAAGAUUUUACCCUUGCUAAUGGGACAUUUAGUGUUUUAGUUUUGUUUUCAUGUGACAUUAUACUUAAUGGAAAAUUGUUAUUUUCUGCAAAACUGGUUACAUGCUAUUUUGUGUUGCUUUUGGGGUUCUCUCAGUUGCUCCUGUGUUAAUUAUAGAGUAAUGUUAAAGAGGCAGCUCACCAUUUGCUGGCAACUUCGUGUGAGAGAAUCUAUACCUACCGUGAAAGCAUCAGGUAUUUUUUAAUGAAGCCCUGUGUGUUCUUUUUAAAUUAUUUUUUAAAAGUCCUUCUCUCUGAUUCAGCUUAAAUUUUAUUACUAGAAAAGCCAUUAAGGUGGUUAUUAUUGUAUGGUGGUGAUUGACCUAUUAUACGCAAAAUCUCUUUGUAUUAUGUGAUACUGGCAUUGAUGAGCUUUGCCCGAAGAUUUAGAAUGAAUUUUCAGUAAUACACCUCUCUCUCUCUUUGCCUCAUCUCUUCCUUCAUUCUAUGUGAUUUAUUUGGGGCAAAAGCUAGAGAAUCUGACACCAGAUAAGAACGUUGUGUAUAGCUUUUAUACUUUAAAGUAGCUUUCUUUGUAUGCCAGCAGCAAAUUGAAUGCUCUCUUAUUAAGACUUACACAGUAAGUGCAUGUAGGAAUUGCAAAAUAUUUUAAAAAUUUAUUACUGAAUUUAAAAAUAUUUUAGAAGUUUUGUAAUUGGUGGUGUUUUAAUAUUUUGCAUAAUUAAAUAUGUACAUAUUGAUUAGAAGACUAUAACAAGCAAUUUUUCCUGCUAACCCAAAAUGUUAUUUGUAAUCAAAUGUGUAGUGAUUACACUUGAAUUGUGUAUUUAGUGUGUAUCUGAUCCUCCAGUGUUACCCCCGGAGAUGGGAUUGAUGUCUCCAUUGUAUUUAAACCAAAAUGAACUGAUACUUGUUGGAAUGUAUGUGAACUAAUUGCAACUAUAUUAGAGCAUAUUACUGUAGUGCUGAGUGAGCAGGGGCAUUGCCUGCAAGGAGAGGAGACCCUUGGAAUUGUUUUGCACAGGUGUGUCUGGUGAGGAGUUGUUCAGUGUGUGUCUCUUCCUUCCUUCUCUCCUCCUUCCCUUCUUGUAGUGCCUUAUAUGAUAAUGUAGUGGUUAAUAGAGUUUACAGUGAGCUUGCCUUAGGAUGGACCAGCAAGCCCCCGUGGACCCUGAGCUGUUCACUGGGAUUUAUCAGAACAGGAUUGAUUAGUAGCUGUGUUGUGUAUAUGCAUUGUUCUCAGUUUCCCUGCCGACAGUGAAAAUAAAAACAGCAGCUUCUCUUUUUUACUGUCACCUCUACCCCUUUCCAUGUUGGAGUCUCAGCUGAGUUCUCACAGAAGCAUUUUCCCCACGUGGCUCUCUCACUGUGCGUUGCUACCUUGCUUCUGUGAGAAUUUGGGAAGCAGGUGAGAGGAGUCAAGCCAAUAUUAAAUAUGCAUUUUUUUAAGUAUGUGCAAUCACUUUUAGAUGAGAUUUAUUUUUUCCUUUAUUCCAUGUGGCAGUCCUUCCUGCAAAUAGUUGACAUUCCUAGUAAAAUAUUUGCUUGUUGACAAAACAUGUAACAGAUGUGUUUAUACCAAAGAGCCUGUUGUAUUGCUUACCACGUCCCCGUACUAUGAGGAAGAGUUUUGUGAUGCCGCUGGUGACAGGGAACUCACAGAAAGGUUCUUAGCCGGUGAAGAAUAUCGAGAAGGAACCAAAGCCUGUUGAGUCAUUGGGCUCUUGAGGUUUCUUUGUAACAACUGUGGAUUCUUGGGGCCCUUCAAAUUGUGAAAUUGUCCUUGUACUCUCAGCUCCUGCUCGGAUCUGGGUCAGGUAGAGGGCACUAGGGAUGGCGAAGUUCCUGCCCGUGAAAGAUUUAGGGGAAGAAGGUUAACCCUGAGAUCUAGACGUGUUCCAUCUGAACUGAAAGUUAUAUAUUUGAGGGAUAAGUCUAGGACUGGUUCUUUGUAGAGAUGGUGUCAAGGAGGUGCAGGAUGGAGAUGGGAGAUUUCAUGGAGCCUGGUCAGCAAGCUCUGUACCAGGUUGAACACCGAGGAGCUGUCAAGGUAUUUGGAAUAUCUUCAUUGUAAGUAGGAAGGGCUUUCAAGAGGGGACAGAUAGUCAGUACAGCCGACCAGGAACAUGUCGGCGUUUUCUAUAUAUAUUUUUUAUCAUUAUAUUGAGUUGUGUUUUCAGCAUUAUUGGUCAAGAUACCCAAGCAGUUUGUAUAGUUUCUGUCACUAGUAUUACAUAGUUUUCUGGUCAGCGUGUGUGAUCUUUGUGUCUCUUUUUGCCAAGCACAUUCUCAUUUUCUUGCUCAAAGACAGAUCUAGUUUCUGAUGGAAACAUUUUUUGUUCCUUAUCUUUCCUCUACAAGGGAUAAGAUUUGUUGUUUUUGUAAGAAAUGAGAUGCAGGAAAAAAAAAAAAAAAAACCGCCACAAAACACUCCACUCCUACCCACCCCUCCCCACCCCCAGUCCAAUGAGUGGAUACCACUUAAGAUAGGAGUCUUCACAGGGAGAAGACGAUACCAAGAGCUUGUACUGUUACCUUAAUCACCUUACUAGCAAUGUGUGGCUUUAAGAAUUUUAAACAUUUUCAGUCUUAGUUUGCAAAUUGGCAUUUCAGACUUACCAAGAUAAAAACAUCCACCCAUGUCUGUGUAUAUGUGCUCAGUGUGGCUUUAGAGCCUGUCCCUGGGGCUUAACAUUACUGGCCCUGACAGGAUGGGGGAAGCCCCUGGAAUUAAGUGAGCAUCUGGCCCAGGUCACAGUGGCCUGACCUCAGAUCAGCUUAAGGCUUUAGUUCCUCUCAGAAUUUGUAUUUCCAACUUCUCCCCUUCGGGGUGAGAGAGGAAGUGGGAAGGGUUAGGUACAGCCACUCUAGGCUCAGCAGGACACUAGAUCAUUCCAGAGUUUUCAGUCGCUCCCAGGAAGUGAUACUACAGUCAGUGCUCAGCUAAAAUCCCCAGGCCCAGGAAUAACUCCACUUAAACAGUUGUGACCAUCCAUCCUCCUCCACUAGAGGGGCUGAGCUUGACUGCCUAGAGCCAGGCAAGCACAGUAGUGUGUGUUUUCUUCAGCAUUAUUAUGCAAAACCCACUGGUUAGGGUGAUUUAUUUUAGGAUAGGAAAUGAAAUUGCCUCUCAGUGACAGGAAUGACCCAAGCCUGCUUCCUAUUUCGAUUUUUUUUUUUUAAACUGAUGGAUGGUGCAGCAUGUCUACAUGGUUGUUUGUUGCUAAACUUUAUAUAAUGUGUGGUUUUGAUUCAGCUUGAAAAAUAAUCUCACUACAUGUAGCAGUACAUUUUAUGUACAUUAUAUGUAUUGUUAGUAUUUCUGCUUUGAACCCUUGAUAUUGCAAUGGAAUUCCAACUUUAUUAAAUGUAUUUGAUAUGCUAGUUAUUGUGUGCGAUUUAAACUUUUUUUGCUUUCUCCCUUUUCCGGUUGUGCGCUUCCUUUUACAACGAGCCUCUAGAAACAGUUUCUGAGAAUUACUGAGCUUUGUUUGUAAUGCAGAUGUACUUAGGGAGUAUGUAAAAUAAUCAUUUUAACAAAGGAAAUAGAUAUUUAAAAUUUAAUACUAACUAUGGGAAAAGGGUCCAUUGUGUAAAACAUAGUUUAUCUUUGGAUUCAAUGUUUGUCUUUAGUUUUACAAAGUAGCUUGUAUUUUCAGUAUUUUCUACAUAAUAUGGUAAAAUGUAGAGCAAUUGCAAUGCAUCAAUAAAAUGGAUAAAUUUUCUGAUUCAA